AUGCACCUGGAACUCAAUGAGGCUGAUCGCGACUGGCAAGACCAGAACCGCGCAUCUCGCCUUUACCGUGAUCUCUACGACACGUUCGGCGUACCAAACCCUGAUCCCACGCCAAAGAACCAGCUGUGGGCACGUCACUAUCUGACGGUUGUAGAGGAUUUAACAGUCCUCGACGGGGCCUCGGUUGAUGCAGUACGUUCGCAUUUCGAGUCGUGGGUGGAACAACGAAAUAUGCGGGAUCGAUGGAAUAAGUACCGUGUUUGCAUGGUGAUUAAUGAUGAGAUUCUUGAACCUCUUCUGAACAAUGUCCCGCUGGCGGAUGCACACGCGGAUAUGCACGGAGAAGAUUGUACGGAAGAGAUGACGGAGUGGUAUGUGAAGGUUGUUGAGGCAUUUCCUGAUCUUGAUCAAGGCGAACCAGACUAUAAAGGGUGGAUGAAUUGCUCUGUCUAUGCGAUGGUCGACCUUUGGGACUCUAUGGAUGACGGGGCUUAUAUGGGGACCUCGUUCGGUGCGGUGUUUGAGGGAGUUUAUUGUGGGUAA